AUGGCCUAUUGCCAGCCAAUGAUGAUGGCACAGCCAGUGAUGUGCAAUUGUGCCCCAUCUUAUGGCUGUGGGCAAUACGGUUGCUACAGACUGCGAGCUCGAGCAUCCAAGAACUACAGGCCAUCAUUUGGAAGUCGCCGAGAAUCGUUCCACGUACGGCAAUCACCAUUCGAGCAGCAGUCUGAAGAAAUUUCAGCGUUUGGUGCUCCGGAAGAAUUCAGGGGACAGAAUCGGCUGCCCAGCGGCAGAAGUGCGCCGAUGGCAGAACUGGAUGAGCGAUGGCAGAAAGCGCUUGCAAUGGCCUCGCCAACAGCAGCCGAACUUCCAGAAAAAGCACAUGCUUAUCGGGAUCCAAACGAGGCAUUUCUGGAGUGCUGCAUGGACCGACAGCUGCCGGAUGCUUGUCUCAGCAAGUGUAAUUUUAAUUACUACAACAGGCAAACUGUAAGAAAUUGCUUUUACUUUCUAAAUACCAUCAAGUUACGCAAAGAACUCUUAGCUUUACUGCUAAUGUAG